AUGCCUGAAGUCAGUCGACCUCGUUCCAAGAAGCAGUCCUCUGUUGACAGACGACCACAAGUUGAGACAGUACAUUCAAACGAUGAUGAUGACAGUUCCAGCGACGUUGAAGAUGAAGACGGAGACAUUCUCAAGUCGAACAACAGGGCCAAGCACCACACCGGUGUUGAGCUGCCCCCCAUAUCCCGCAAGCGGCCCCCUGAGCAGAUUCCAAUGAUGCGGCGGUUCUUCCCGGGAACUAGUGUCGAUACACUCAAGCGAACAAUGGAUGCCACUACCCAGUAUGGUACCAAGGGAGCUGUCCAAGGUCGUACUCUCCGAAGCCAGAUACUGUCGCCCAACCCGAUCCUCAACAUUCCGAGAAGGCAAGAGGAUGUGGCUACGGAUACUAUCUACGGCAGUGUCCCUGCGGUUGACGACAGAUCUGUGGCAGCCCAAUUCUUCAUUGGACGCACAUCCCACUACAGGUCAUUACACCCCGUUGGUACCAGUGACGCAAGCUAUGUCAAGACACUGAUGGACAACAUCCGAAGGUUUGGAGCAAUGAACUGCAUCAGGAGCGACAAUGCCCAGGCCCAGGCAAGCAAACGGGUCAAGGACAUCCUACGGACCUUUUGCAUCAACGACCGAACCUCUGAGCCAUACAGAGGGAAUCAGAACUAUGCAGAACACGGAUGGAAGGAUACCAAGACCAAGACACAGCUGGUGCUGGACACCAAGAAUGCACCAUCUAAGUGUUGGCUGACUGCUGGACAGUACGUGACCACCCUGCAGAAUCAUAUGGCAUAUGAGAGCCUUGGAUGGAGAACUCCCUUUGAGUGGUUGCAUGGGUACACGCCUGACAUAUCUGCACUUCUUCAAUUUGAGUUUUAUGAACCAGUCUACUAUCAGAAGUAUGACGCGAAAUUCCCACAGGACUCAACCGAGUGUGUGGGGAGGUUUGUUGGCGUCUCAGAGUAUGUUGGUCAUGGUAUGACGUACAAGAUUCUCACUGAGGACUUUGCAGCACACUAUUGA